GGGCAAACAGAAAAGAUGCACACAACAAAGAAACACAGCCCAAUCUCUCUCCUCACUCUCUCACUAGACAAUUUCUCUUUUUGCUCAGAAGGCGUGUCCUUUGGCUUUGAUUACAUGCACUUGAAUCACUUGAUGCAUAUGAUUGUAAAACCCACACAAUUUUGCUGCACAGAAAUUCCCCUUCUUUUCUUUUUUUUUUUUUUUCACACUCCCAAUCUGAUCUGUAAACCAUAAAUCAAACCAAAAGCAUCAAUGACCCUUGUCUCCAUUGUCCCCAUUCUGCAUUCAUUUCCUCUAUUCAUAACUAACAACAACACAUCAGUACUGUAAUCAUCCCUCCCUCCCCUUCCAUCUCUUUCUCUCUGCCCUUCCUCUGAUUUCUUGCUUCCUUCUUUUUGGGUUUUUUUUUGAAAAUCAAAAUUUUUAAAUUUAAAUAAGCCCCUCCCCCUUUUUUUUUCUCCCCAGUUUGUUUCAUUUCAUUCACAUGAUAUUGUUUGCCUUCCAUUAAAUCCCCCCCUUCUCUUUCCUUUCCAUUUUUGCAGCUUUUGACACUUCCAAAGCAGACAAUAAAUAUCAUUCCUUACCCCCUUCUUGUGCUCCUCAAAAUCUCCAUUUUAUUAUUAUUUCUGGUGUUUGGAGAUUGCAGUAUUUAAUGGAUCAAUAUCAUCAUCACCAAUAUCACAAGUAUAGUUCUAACACUACUACUACAAAUCCUUCUUUCUCUUCAACACUUCUUGACGAAAUUUACCGUUCAAUCGAUUUCGAAACUCAAACUAAUCGUAUCCAAGGAGAAGUACAAGAUCACCACCAGCUUGUGGUUUAUAAAGAAACCAUGAGGAAGAAACAGAGCAGCAGCAACAUCAACAGCAACAGCAUGAAGCCCAAGAAGAGCAACAGUUUCAGGGAUGAAGAAGAGAUGGCUAAUUAUCAGAGAGCUUGUCUGAUUGAGAAAUGGAUGGAGAAGAAAGUUGUUGUGAACAGAAGGAAUUUCAAUGAAUAUGUGGAUGCUGCUUCUUCCACCACCAGUACUGGUUGUACUACUUUCUUCAACAAUUCCAGCUCCAGUUCCUCUGAUUCCAGUUCUGGUGGUGGAUUUUCUUCCUCAGAGGCUGAAUCUGUCUAUGGAUUCCCAUCAUCCAGGGGUCCUUCUUGUUAUGGAAUCAACAAGCCUAAGCCCAUCAGGACAAGCACUUCAGAAAAAACUCAAUCCCACCACCACCACAAGAACAGAAAUUAUCUUCAGCCAACAAAAGCAGAGAAGCAUGAAGAAACAGGGAGAUUUGUGAAAACAAAAUCCAGGGCUUUGAAGAUUUAUGGCGAUUUGAAGAAAGUAAAACAGCCAAUUUCCCCUGGUGGCCGCCUGGCGAGCUUUCUCAACUCCAUCUUCACUGCUGGAAACUCCAAGAAGGCAAAAUACGAUGAUGAGACUAUUGAUUCAGAGAGGAAAUUCAAAUCUGCUAAUGCUUCUACAUGUUCCUCUGCUUCUUCUUUUUCAAGAUCAUGUCUGAGCAAGAAAUCCAGCAACAUCAAUGGCAGCUCAGGGAUGAAAAGAUCAGUCAGGUUUUAUCCAGUAAGCGUGAUUGUGGACGAGGAUUCACAACCAUGUGGCCAGAAAUCCUUAUACGAUCAAGAUGAUGGAAAAACAGGGAAGAACAGUUCCAAUAAUAUCAGAGCUUCUCUUAAAGAUGAGCUACAAUUACAGGCCUUGGAGAAGAAUCGUCGAGUCCAGGAAGCCGCCAGAGAUUUAUUGAGGAAUUUCCAGAAAAGGGUCGAUCAAUGCGAGUUUGACAUGAUCAGAAGCAGUGCAAGAAUCAGUGAUCAAGAACUAGUCCAGAAUGAUAAUAUUCUUCUUGAUGAAGAUGAUGAUGAAGAUAUGGAUGAUGAUGCAAGUUAUGCAAGUUCGGAUCUUUUUGAGCUGGAUAAUCUUUCUGCCAUUGGAAUGGAUCAUCAAAGGUAUCGCGAAGAAUUGCCGGUUUAUGAAACUACUCAUCUUGGUACCAAUCGAGCCAUUGCCAAUGGCUUGAUUUUGUAGUUUUUACCCAAAUUUCACACACACAAAAAAAAAAAGAAAAAGAAUGAAAAAAUUUGGGUUGUAGCUAGUACGUAGUAAUUUUUAUAAUUUUGCUAGAGUUAAUUACUCUUGUCAUCAAUGUAUAAUGUGUUAAUCUUAUUGGUUUGGGGGUUUAUAUCAAGAGAAAUAAAGAUUUCUCUUUUCAUCAGUCUUUUUUAUUGUCUCUUGGUACUAAUUUUUGUUGUUAUUACUGCUCUUUGUGUUUAUAGUGUGAUAGAACGUUGUAAAAUAUUCAUGAAGUAAAUUUUGUGAAAUAAUAGUACAAGG